CUGGCCCCUCCUCCAGCUCCAGCCCCACCCACCCGGCCCCUCUUCACCUCCCAGGCUCAGCACUCCCUCACUCAGCUCCCCCACACCUUGUCUAGCUCGCAACGUCUCCACCCCCUCCCUACCAGCCAACGCUCAGACGUCCUGGGCGCUCGGGCAGAGCCGGCAGCGCGCCGGGGGCAUGCGCUACAUGAGAGCUCUGCAGAAUGCACUGAGCCGAGCUGGCAGUCGCUGCCAGCGGGGAGGCUGGGGUCACCUGAGCCGGAGCCCCUUCCUUGGCUGGGGCGUCCGACACCACCUCAGUGAGGCAGCGGCACAGGGCAGGGAGACGCCGCACAGCCACCAGCCACAGCACCAGGAUCAUGAUGCAUCAGAGUGUGGCAUGCUGUCCCGCCUCGGUGAUCUGCUCUUCUACACUAUUGCUGAGGGACAGGAACGAAUCCCCAUCCACAAGUUCACUAGUGCACUGAAGGCCACUGGACUGCAGACAUCAGAUCCCCGGCUCCGGGACUGCAUGAGUCAGAUGCACCACAUGGUCCAAGAGUCUAGCAGUGGUGGCCUCUUGGACCGAAAUCUCUUCCAAAAGUGUGUGAGCAGCAACAUUGUGCUCCUGACCCAGGCAUUCCGAAAGAAGUUUGUCAUUCCUGAUUUUGAGGAGUUCACGGGCCAUGUGGAUCGCAUCUUUGAGGAUGCCAAAGAGCUCACUGGAGGCAAAGUGGCGGCCUACAUCCCUCACCUGGCCAAGUCAAACCCAGACCUGUGGGGUGUCUCCCUAUGUACUGUGGAUGGACAACGGCACUCUGUGGGCCACACAAAGAUCCCCUUCUGCCUGCAGUCUUGUGUGAAGCCCCUCACCUAUGCCAUCUCCAUAAGCACCCUAGGCACUGACUACGUGCAUAAGUUUGUGGGCAAGGAGCCCAGCGGCCUGCGCUACAACAAACUCUCCCUCAAUGAGGAAGGAAUUCCUCAUAAUCCCAUGGUCAAUGCUGGUGCCAUUGUUGUCAGCUCCCUGAUCAAGAUGGACUGUAACAAAGCAGAGAAGUUUGAUUUUGUGUUGCAAUAUCUGAACAAAAUGGCUGGAAAUGAAUUCAUGGGUUUCAGCAAUGCCACAUUCCAGUCAGAGAAGGAAACAGGGGAUCGGAAUUAUGCCAUCGGCUAUUAUCUCAAGGAAAAGAAGUGCUUUCCUAAGGGGGUGGACAUGAUGGCUGCCCUUGAUCUCUACUUUCAGCUGUGCUCCGUGGAAGUCACCUGUGAAUCAGGCAGUGUCAUGGCAGCCACCCUUGCCAAUGGUGGGAUCUGUCCCAUCACAGGCGAGAGCGUUCUGAGUGCUGAAGCAGUGCGCAACACCCUCAGCCUCAUGCAUUCCUGUGGCAUGUAUGACUUCUCGGGCCAGUUUGCCUUCCAUGUGGGCCUGCCAGCCAAAUCAGCUGUGUCAGGAGCCAUCCUCCUGGUGGUACCCAAUGUCAUGGGAAUGAUGUGUCUGUCACCUCCACUGGACAAGCUGGGGAACAGUCAUAGAGGCAUCAACUUUUGCCAGAAGUUGGUCUCUCUCUUUAACUUCCACAACUAUGACAACCUGAGGCACUGUGCUCGGAAAUUAGACCCACGACGUGAAGGGGGAGAAGUUCGGAACAAGACUGUGGUAAACCUGUUGUUUGCUGCCUAUAGUGGAGAUGUCUCAGCUCUUCGAAGGUUUGCCUUGUCAGCCAUGGAUAUGGAACAGAAAGACUAUGACUCCCGCACAGCUCUACAUGUUGCUGCAGCUGAAGGACACACAGAAGUUGUUAAAUUUCUGAUCGAGGCUUGCAAAGUGAACCCUUUUGUUAAGGAUAGGUGGGGCAACAUUCCCCUGGAUGAUGCUGUGCAAUUCAACCACCUGGAGGUGGUCAAACUGCUUCAAGAUUACCAAGACUCCUACACACUCUCUGAGACUCAGGCUGAGGCAGCAGCUGAGGCCCUGUCCAAAGAGAACUUAGAGAGCAUGGUUUGAGAAUAACAGAUCAUGGACAGUCCCUGCUCAAGAAAAAAGCAUGUGCUGGCCACACACUUAAUCCAUAACUACCAAAAAAGUAUUAUGGAGAGUUUCUUCAGUGGGGACCAAGAAAGCCAUUUGUGACAUAGGCCAGUGCUUUCUAUGAGAGUUAAAAUACCCCUUUCCCCAAGGGAUACCACUUGUAGAGCUAUCCAUGGACAGUUUGCAUUAUGGUCUAAUGGCUUGGUCCACUCAAAACCAUCACAGGUCUUCAGCCAAGUCCUCUCUUGAAGAAACCAUACUUCGACGGAAGGACUCUAGCUACCAUGCACAUGUAUAAAUCAGAAUGAGAGAAAGAGGGAGCCUAUGUACCCAGCUUUAGUAGUCUGGAGAGAUCAGUCCCCCUUGGCCAGAACCUGCUGCUGCUACAGCAAUUUUAUAGACAGAGAAAGUAUUUUGUGCUCAAAUAAACUUUAAUUACACAAAUUA